UGUAAGCAGUAAAAGCUUCUUUACGGUCUGACAAAAUGUCUACGGAAUCAUCGGCUAUCUCAUUUUUCAUUGAGAAAAUAAAUAAAUAUGACAAAAUUUCAAGAAUUUUAACAUAUUCUUUUCCUAAAAAGUGCAUUGAAUAACUUAUCUUCUUAGUUCAAGUUUAGUUCUGAAAUGGAUAUUUGCAGUUUUGUUUGGUCUGGAGUUGGGUACGACAUGUGGCUUUCACUUAUUGGUUAGGAAAAGGUAAGCUUAGAGAUGAUGGGUCGAGAGAGAAGCUGUCACAGUGUUAGAUACGUCCGUGGCUUCCCCAUAUCUCUCACGUGCAUACGGAUAACGUAAUCACCCAAUUUAAAAUAAAAGUCCUACAUAUAUAUCUACGUGGCUUAGCCACGUCAUCCUAACCACACAGGAAAAAAAAAAAAACCAAACCGACGGAUUCUUUUAUCAGAUAGGAAAGUUCUUAAAGCUUUUUGUGUCACUACCAAUCUCUGGUUUUGUAGUUCCUCUCGUCGGUAAACACUUUUUCCUCUCUUUUUUGUUUUAUCUACCUUUGUUUGUUCGAUCUCUGUGAUCUGUCUGAUGGAGUUUUAAACUUUUUGAUGUAACAGGGACGAAGAAUCUCUUUUUAUUAUGUUAUGGACAAUAAAAAAAUGGAAAGAGUAUGCGAGUUUUGUAAAGCGUAUAGAGCAGUGGUUUAUUGUAUAGCCGAUGCAGCGAAUCUUUGUUUGACAUGUGAUGCAAAGGUUCAUUCAGCUAAUUCAUUAUCUGGACGGCAUUUACGCACGGUUUUAUGUGAUUCUUGUAAGAACCAGCCUUGUGUUGUUCGAUGUUUCGACCAUAGAAUGUUUCUUUGCCAUGGAUGUAAUGAUAAGUUCCAUGGUGGUGGUGGUGGUGUCUCUUCUGCGCAUCGUAGAAGGGAUGUGGCUUGUUACACGGGGUGUCCUCGUGCUAGAGAUUUCGCGGUUAUGUGGGGUUUUCGAGUUAUGGAUGAUGAUAAUGUUUCGUUAGAGGAAUCUUUACGAAUGAUUAAAUCUAAGGGACGAUCCGAGAUGAACAAGGUGCAAAGAGAAGCUGGUUUUGUCUUGGAACAGAUUCUUGAAUUGGAGAAACUUCAGCUAAAGGAAGAGAAGGAUGGUUUGUCUUUGACAGAACGAGCUGAUCCAUCUCCAUUGGAGCUUCCUAAGAAAUCUGAAGAACGGUUAGUUGAUCUUCCGCAGACCGGAAAAGAGCUAGUUGUCGAUUUUUCACACUUGUCCUCGUCUUCCACACUUGGUGACUCCUUUUGGGAAUGCAAAAGCCCUUAUAAUAAGAACAAUCAGUUGUGGCAUCAAAAUCUACAAGACAUUGGAGUUUGUGAAGAGACCGUUUGCGAUGAUGAUGACUUCCAUAUACCUGACAUUGAUCUCACUUUCAGAAACUUUGAAGAGCAAUUUGAAGCUGAUCCAGAGCCGAUCGCAGACAGUAACAACAUGUUCUUUGUUUCUUCCUUAGACAAGUCAAACGAGAUGAAGACAUUUUCUUCUUCAUUCAACACUUCCACAUUUGCACCUACACUAGCUUCAUCAUCUAUCUCAUUCACAAGUAGCGAAACAGAUUACCCUCACAAUCACUCAGAGCAAGUAAUCUCAUUUUGUUCCCCACUCUCAAGCAAUGCAUGUCAAAAGGCCAUCUCAAGGCUCAAGGAGAAGAAGAGGGCACGAGCGGAGGAGAAAUAAGCUAAGCUUAGUAUGGUCCCAAAGAAGUACUAAGCUACUGGAUAUUGCACCAUGCCUUGUGUACAUAAGACCCACUAAUCUACCACUUCAUCUUAUUCUCAGUUUCUUGCAUGUAACUGUGUAUCUUGAAACUGAUUAUUUUGCUUAAACAUCAUCCACUUUUGUAAUCACAAACAGGGUUUACACCAAAUAUCACCAGAAUUGACUUUUUAUCA